AUGACAAACUACGUCCACCCUCAAACACCUUCGGAGAAAACGCCAAAGACAAUCAUUAGUUCAAUAGCUGUUGGGGGACAUAUCGCAUUUGCACUGUCGUUUGUCUAUGUAUACUUUGCAGCUGUCUACUGUAUCCUCGAAGCCUGGUAUCACAAGCAACUUCAGCUCGACAUCGAUAACACUCAUGAUGCCAUAGCAAUUGCUUGGCUAUUCAUCGCAAGCGGUAUCAUGAUGUACAUGCCACAGAACGAGGAGAAGAAGGAGAAAGAGAAAAAGGAGGCUGCAGAAGAGGCCUCAAAGUCGAAGACCAAAUCAGCCACUAUCCCAGCUAAGAUGAAGGCCAAGGAAUUACCAAUAUCAUCGUGGGACAGCAACGUAAACAUUGCGUGGAGCUGGGAGAACUGGGAGGAACUUAUGAAGGCAGCUUACAAGGAGCGGGCUCAGACACCACAGAAAGUCGAGACGAACAACAUGAACCAAGCAGCCAAGAUUCAGCGCGAGCAAGCUCGUAUUUCUCGUCUCUACGCCACCAUUCGGAUGCUAGGCGACGUGAUUGAGAGCUUGAAGAUGGAAGUGGAUCGUCGGGAGAGACAAGUGGAAGAGAUCGAGAGCAGAUUGGAGGUUGAGGUCUGUGACGAUCCUACGUUGGAGGAAGAUAGAGAAGAAGCUGACGAUGGAAAGUUGGAGGCUCGUCAGUUUCAGUGCCGUGCUGGAUAUUGGUGUAGACGGAACUGUUGCCUUGAGAAGAAGAGGAAGCUGCCUGUCCGGUCUGAUGCCAAUGACCAGCAUGAGGCCGACGAUGAGGAAUAUGUUAUGGUCACCACGGGUGCAGAUUUCUAG